ACUUCGCUUGACGCGAGUCGGGGGACGGACCUCUCCUCCCCUUUUGCCGACUUCUCUCUCUCUCGCUCGCCCCUUCCUCCUCCUCCUUCCUCCAGCCGCAGCAGCAGCAGAAGUCGUCCAGACGCUCCCCUCGUCGACCAUGGCGCCCAAGCAGAGCGGCCGCGGAGCCGCCUCCGAGGAGGAGCUGCUGCUCCAGGACUUCAGCCGCUCCGUGUCCACCAAGUCGGCGGCGCUGUUCUACGGCAACGCCUUCAUCGUGUCGGCCAUUCCCAUCUGGCUGUACUGGCGGAUCUGGCAGAUGGAUCUGUUCCAGUCGGCCGUGCUGUUCGGCGUGAUGACCAUCGCGAGCACGUGGCUGGUGGCCAUGGCCUACAAGAACAUGAAGUUCAUUCUGAAGCACAAGGUGGUGCAGAAGCGAGAGGAUGCGGUGGCACGUGAGGUUCUCCGCAAGCUUCCCGAGGCUGACAACAAGAAGAUGUCCAAGAAGGAGAAAGACGAGAGGAUCCUAUGGAAGAAGAACGAGGUGGCGGACUAUGAGGCAACCACCUUCUCCAUCUUCUACAACAACACCCUCUUCCUUGUGCUCAUCAUUGUCGCCUCGUUCUUCCUGCUCAAGAACUUCAACCCCACCGUAAACUACAUCCUGUCCAUGGGUUCCUCGGCCGGUCUCAUUGCCCUGCUGUCGACCAGCCGCUAACAUUCCUCACUCAGCGCCACAACUCAGCUGGAAGUCUUUGGAUGGUGUUUGGAAGCCACACGCCAUCACUGUCAAUUGCAUUUAUGAAGUUAUAUGGGGGGCCCCCAUUUUAUAAAUGCAGCAUGUCUUGAGGUCCGUGCUGAGAUUUGUCGUCGAACUUUCAAUAAAAGCCGGUUGUUUACUUAA